AUGGAUCGCCGAGCCUUCAGGAGUAACUCGUGCAACGGCAAGAACCCGGCGCCUCCCCCCUCGUCCGCGGCGGCGCAGGCGGCGGUGUACCGGACGUCCUCGGCGCCGGUGGGGGGCUCCAAGGACAACGUCGGCGAGCGCAAGGCGCUGCUGCCCCGGCGCCCCGAGGGCGGCACGGCCCGCAAGGCCUACAAGGGCCCCAAGCGGCGGGUGCAGUGGAAGGACACCCACGGCAAGAAGCUCGCCGAGGUCUUGGAAUUCCAGCCUAGCCCUUCAAAGUGGAAAAAGAUGAGAAUUUAUGAUGAGGCUGCUGCAUUUCUUGGCCUCAGUGGCAGUAUUAUGUCUCCAUUAGCCUAUAAGAAAAACUGUGUAUUGGUCUAG